AUGUCCUCCCCCUCCGUCGAGGACGCGAGCUCCUCGCUCUUCUCGAUGUCCUUCCCAAUGGAUCAAGAUCUCGGAUCGGAACUCGGCGCCGGCACCCUGGCCGACGUCUCCGCUACACAGCUCGAUCCGCGUCUCGGCUUCUCUCAGUACCCCAACCAAGGCGAUGGCACCAAUCAUAUGGAUAUUCUCGUGAUGCAGCUGACCGAGCAGCUGCGUCAGACUCGAGUCUCGCUCGCUCACCAGACCAGUCAAGUCGGCACCCUGCUGACUUGCCAAAAAACCUUAAUGGACGCGUUCACGAUCCUCGCGACUAACGUCGGUCUGAACGACACCAGCGCCCCCGAUCUUGUGGCUCUUGCGUCCGGCGACCGUCGUCUCAUCAAGGAGAAGUACCCCAAGGUCAAGUUCUGGGACGAAGACCGGUACUGGAAGUGGCUCGAAGAGCCCGCCCAAGUCCAGGAGAAGAUACAGCCCACCUCCCUCCCCUUCUUCGAGGACGAUAAAGGCGAGCGGCUCUCUGCCCAGAAGAUGAAGGCCAUCUCCGAGACUGCGCGCUCUGUCUGGCAGGGGCUCCUCGAGGACAACAAGGCGCCCGAGUCUUGGGCCAAGGCAACCGACGAGGCACGGAACCGGCUCAUCAAGGAGGUCGGUCAGAAGCAUCCCGAGACGCGCCUCUGCGAGGGGAGCUGGAAGAUCCUCGAGAUGGCCAACCGGCGAUACGGCUCGUGGAAGCAGUACAAGAAUGCCGAGUUCAACUGCAUGUACUCGCGCAUCGAGCUCGGGUUGGCGAGGGAGAAGGCCGAGCUGUUGGCCUUGCGAAGGGCAGAAAAGUCAGCGGUAGGUAAUGGUCAGACAACCUCAGCCUCGGAUACCAGCAAACACCACCGGGAGGGCGACGACGACAUCGAGAUCCUCGCGUACGUACGCCCUCCAAAGCGUCAGCGUGCAGCGCGGAAGUCCGCAAAGGCCAAGGAGGAAGAGAAGGAACAGGCUAUGGAGCAACACGGCGAUAACGACAACGAGAGCUCGGCGGAUGCAGACAAGGCAUCCAGCGAGCAGGAGACGGACCAGGCCGACGCUGGUGAGAGCAGCAACGUUGAUUCCGCGUCUAACCACACUCUCCCACCGGCGUCGAACCCUCUCGAAACUAUGGCAUCGAUGUUCCCUGCUCCUCGGAACCCGUUAAUGACCACCACAGCCCUUCCACCUCAAAUACCUACGGCUCCAGAGGGGAGUGCUGCAAGCGGCGAGGCAGAUCCAGCAUCUGCUGAUCUGCCGACGUCUGCACCCAUGUCACCUCCUCGUCCUCCAUCGACAAUCGCGCCCGAAACUCCCGCUGAAACAGACACAGCCGCUUCGGCUUCCGCACCCGAGUCCGUGGUCGAGCCAUCGAUGGAAAUAGCGACCACCACGACCACGAAGCCAAAGGAGAAGAUCAAACCGAUGCGGCCAACGCCAUCGUACACGGGGAGAGUUCUCGCCCAGCAUUGUUAUAUCAAUAAAAACGGCCCCACGGAGCUAGCGGCCUUCAACGCGUGGUACAGCACUCUCGGAGCAGACGUUAAAUACGACGAUGACGCGAAAGAGUUGGUGGCUAGCAGCGUCUGGAAGGCUCACACGAAGCUUUAUAUUAAGAAGAUAACUCAAGACAGAUUCUACGCGUGUGCUCGACUUUACCUCGAGUAUGAUAUGUACGUGUCACUUGAAGUCCAUACCGAGGAUACUUUGCAGCACACUGCAAAUGCUCUCAAGGCUUUCAUCUCAUUGCUCAAGGAGUACGUUGUUUUGUCACGUUCAUGCGACAAUCCAUCUAUCAGCAAGAAGACUUGGGACCUUCCCAAACUCCAUAUGGGAGAGCACAUCCUGGCUUGUAUCAUCGCUAUGGGCAUCCUACACAACUACGACACCAGGCCCAAUGAGAAGAUGCAUGGCCCACUGAAGGAAUGGUACCUAUUCCGUACAAACUUCCGGGAUGUCGCUUCUCAGCUCCUUCAGAUUGAUCAUCACUUUGUCGCAUCUGGGGUGAUCUGGGCCCGCCUCAAUGACUACAAUAGCUGGAAAAAGCAACAGCUGGAUGCCGAGAUAGGCUUAUCAGUUGAAAUUGCUGAUUCCGAAGCGGGGCUUCUUGUCAAUGAGGCGUUGGAGCCAGGGCAUGAAGCACCACCCAGACGAGGGAGCUUGAUGGAGCGGACUUUGGACCCCCCCAUGGUGCUCGAGCAGGCGGACGGUCGGCCCACCAUGGAGAUGGUUCGGAUCAGCGGAGAGUCCGCCGGAUGA